CCUGCAUCCGUCAACAUGUCUGUUAUCGAUGGAGUAGAAAUGGACCCACAGAUCUGAUUGGUCUUCACAAGCUGUGAAAAGAUGGAUUUCCCUCAAGAUGGUGAGGAUGCUGUUGGUGGAAAUCAGACAGGCAGAGCAGCAUGUGCUGUGUCCAGCCACGUGUCCCUCAAGAAUGAGGAACCCGUCACUCAUGGACAUCAGGGGGUCAGCAAAGGACAAGUGCUAUGUAGUGCAGGGAUGGAUGACCUAAAGCAACCAGCUGGGCAAGAUGACCAAACAAACAAGAUGAUGCCUAGCAGAGGGUGCAACACACUUCAACCUUCAUUAAUCCGCCAAUGUAUGCGAGAAACAUUGGAUGACCUGUCUGAUGUCGACCUCAAAAGGUUCAAGUCGAUUUGUAGGGACAACUAUAAAAUCCCAUGGGGUAAGCUGGAGAAAGCUGACAGGGAUGACAUGGUGGAACAAAUGGUACAAAAGUACUGUGAAGACUCAGAUGACGUCAUGCUGAAGAUCUUAAGGAUCAUGAAAAACAACCAGCUGGUCACAGACUUGGAGAGGAAACUAGGCAAAGUGAAUGCAAGACCUCAAAAUAAAGAGGAAAAAUCUUCAUUCAAGCAUCGCCUUCAGUCCAUCUUAAUAGAUAAGUAUUUCCUUGUACGUCAAGAGCUGGGAGACGAACAACUACAGGACAUCUACACUGACCUUUGCAUUGUAGAAGGACGCUCUGGAGGGGUCAACAGUGCACAUGAAGUGUCAACAAUUCACUUGAAACAAAUUGAGACCAGAACAUUAUCUGGGACCAUGAACUCAGUCAAGUUGUCAAACAUAUUCACUGACCACAACUAUGCUGGUAAACCCGUCACAAAGGUCUUGACUUUGGGAAUAGCCGGAGUAGGGAAAAGUGUUGCUGUGCAAAAGUUUGUCUUGGACUGGGCAGAGGACAGAGAGAACAAAUAUAUAGAGCUUGUUUUUGUUCUUCCAUUUCGAGAGCUGAACUUGUACAAAAAGGACUACAGUCUAUUUGACCUUCUCCUUAAAUUAUACCCAGAACUUGAAGAGUUGAACGAAGCCAUGGAAUUGAAAAAGACAGUACUUUUUGUGUUGGAUGGUUUGGAUGAAAGCAGAAUCCAGCUGGACUUCAAUGACAAGGACAACAAUGUCUGUGACCCAAAAGAAAAAGCAUCAGUUGCCAUGUUAACAACAAGUCUAAUUACUGGUAAACUGGUGCCUUCUGCACUUAUCUGGGUAACAACUAGACCAGCAGCAGCCAAUAAGGACCUGUGUGACCUUUUCCACUUGGUGACAGAGAUCCAAGGCUUCAAUGAAGGCCACAGAGAGGAGUAUUUUAGGAAGGUCCUUCCAGAGAAAGCUGAACAAAUUAUAGCCCGCAUAAAAUCAAAAAGAAGCCUCUACAUUAUGUGUCACAUCCCAGUGUUCUGUCGGAUCACAGCAGUGGUGCUUGGAGCGAAGGGAAAAGAGCAAAGAGCCUCUCACCAGGAAAUGCCCAAAACACUGACUGAAAUGUACGCACAAUUCAGUGUCUUUCAGAUCACCAGCAUGACGAAAUACCAAGAGGAGAAGAUGAGCCCAGAGGAAAAAGGGCAGCUUCUUGUUAAGCUUGGGAAACUGGCAUUCAAACAUCUGGAGAAGGGCACCCUGAUAUUCUAUGAGAAGGAUCUGAAAAAGUGUGAGAUUGAUGUAAAUAUAGGAACAUUGCAGGCUGGACUUUGUACAAAGAUCUUCAAAGAAGAAAGUGCUAUAAGUGGAGAGAGCAUAUUCAGCUUUGUGCACCUGAGUGUACAGGAAUUCCUGGCAGCUCUUUACUUGCUCCACAGACAUGCAAUUGAUAAGAAGAAUCUCUUUAUCAAGACUCCUUGGGAGAAGAUUAGAUGGUUGGUCAUUAACUCAAGGUUUGACCUGUACAAGAUGUCUUUGAAGAGGGCCUUACUAAGUGAAAAUGGUCAAUUUGAUCUUUGUGUGCGCUUCCUUCUUGGACUGGCUCCAAUGUUGGAGCCUGAAGUCCAGUUCCCCCUGAAUGAUGUUCUGCCACGUUUAGGUGCCAGACAACUGAGCAUCAAGAAGAUGGUUGAAUACAUCAAGAAAAAGAUCAGUGAAAACAUCCCACCAGAACGUAUCAUCAACCUCUUCCACUGUCUGAAUGAACUUGGAGAUGAUUCACUGGUUGAGGAAAUCAACAGAUACAUGAGCUCAGCAGGCGAGGAGAAGGAACUCACUCCAGCCCAAUGUUCAGCUCUGACUUAUUUGCUACUGAUGUCAGCUGAAGAGCUGGAGCUUGAUCUGAGGAAAUACCAGAGGUCAGAGGAAGGGCUCCACAGAAUGCUCCCUGCAGUCAAUGUCUCUAGGAGGGUUUGGCUAAAUCAGUGUCACCUCUCUAAAGCCAGCUGUGAAAUGAUGGCAUCAGUGCUGCAGAGGACACCUUCCCAUCUGAGAGAACUGGACAUGAGUGACAAUGACCUGCAGGAUGAAGGAGUGGAGCUGCUCUGUGUGGGACUAAGUGAUCCACAAUGCAAGCUGGAGACACUGAGGCUUAAACGCUGCAAGCUCUCCAAAAUGAGCUGUAAAGUGAUGGCAUCAGUGCUGGAGAGGACACCUUCCCAUCUGAGAGAACUGGACAUGAGUGACAAUGACCUGCAGGAUGAAGGAGUGAAGCUGCUCUGUGUGGGACUAAGAGAUCCACAAUGCAAACUGGAGAUACUGAGACUGUCUGGUUGUCUGAUCACCCAGAAGGGCUGUGCUUUCUUGUCCUCUGCCCUCAAAUCACACUCCUCCUACCUGAAACAGCUUGAUCUGAGCUACAAUCACCCAGGAGACUCAGGUGUCAGAAAGCUCACAGAGAGACUGGAUGAUCCCAACUGUAAACUAGAGACUUUCAGGUAUGACUAUGGAGGAGAGUUCAGGAUUAAACCAGGACCCAGAAAAUAUGCCUGUGAGCUCACACUGGACCCAAACACAGCAUGCAGAACUCUCUCCCUCUCUGAGGGGAACAGAAAGGUGACAUGUGGGAGUGAGCAGCCGUAUCCUGACCACCCAGAGAGAUUUGACUCCUACCCUCAGGUGCUGUGUAGAGAGGCUCUGUCUGGACGCUGCUACUGGGAGGCUGAGUGGAGUGGUCAUGUUUAUAUAGCAGUGGCCUAUAAAAGCAUGGAGAGGAAGGGGAGGCUGGGAGAGAGGAAGGGGAGGCUGGGGGAGAGCUGCGUGUUUGGACGUAAUGCCAAGUCCUGGAGACUGCAGUGCUUUAGUAACAGUUACUCUGUCUGGCACAAUUAUAAGGAGACUGCCAUACCUGCCCCCUCCUCCCGCUCCAGCAGAGUAGGAGUGUACCUGGACUGGUCAGCAGGCACUCUGUCCUUCUACAGCGUCUACUCUAACACACUCACCCACCUGCACACGUUCCACUCCACAUUCACUGAGCCCCUCUAUCCUGGGUUUAGGGUGUAUAACUCCUCAGUGUCCCUCUGCCAGAUCACAUGACCUCCUAAUCCCGCAGGAGAGGAGAGCCACACACCCACUGUUCAUGUGCGUGUGUGUGUGUGUGUGUGUGUCUGUUUCCAUAUGUCUGUCCUGCAUCAUCCCUCCCUUUAUUAGAUGAUAGAUAGAUAGAUACUUUAUUGAUCCCCAAGGGAAAAUUCAAACCCUCCUCCCCUUACAUUGUUGUACGUG